ACUCAAAAUAAAAUGUUUGCUAUGCGGGAUCCUUAGGACGUCCCUACCCCAUUGAAGUUGAUAUUUCAACUGGUUACGGUAAGGGUUAGGGUGGGAGUUAAGGUUUCGUGUUUAUGGGCGUCCCAAGGAUACCGGAUUGCACUGACUAUAUAUUUCUGCCAGGAAGAGAGACGAAAUCAAUGCGGAAGAUAAAAGUGUGUGUCUUUGGUUAACACUGUCGACGAGAUGUGAGCUAAGGAAAGGGGUUCCCCAAAACACCAGUCAGCAAAUUGGACCGCCUGAAACGUCUCGCUUUUAUCGGACACCUAAACAGAUGAAAACCUAUUGCAGUAUUGCACAAUAUUUAAUACACUGAGACUUGGACUCAAAAAUAGUCGGCCUACUGUAUUGAGAUGGCCACGUUUGAUUGAGUGCGGUUAAAUUCAAUCGUAGCGCCGUACAAUUUUGAUAACACCGCGUCGGUUGUGAACACUCGCUCACGUUCAUCAGUCGAAUGCCGAAGGAGAGAGAGAAGAGGCGAAAGUCCUCCAAGGAGGCAGGGCUGUCUGGCGCUGGUAUUAGUGAUGGGUUCGUUAAAGAGCGCAGAACAAGCCGCAGAGCAUCUGAGCUUCGCGAUGAAAUCUGCCAGGUGAAAGAAGUAAGAUUAUCUGAGUUUAACUCCACUCAAGUGCAAACAAGUAUGAUGGAGGCGCUCCGUGUACCGCAGGUGACAAUAACCCCAGAUGGAGGCUGCUCGCGGGAGAUCCAGCAGGAGGACUGGGCUGAUGUGGAAGGCUCUCUGCGACGGAAAAUGUCAAACUCCUCGAUCUCCUCAACAGGUUCCUCCAUCAUGUUGGAAGAGUCAGAGGAUGACAUUCUGAGUGACAACGAGACAAAGAGCAAGGGAAAUAUCACUUUAGAACAUUUGUGUGAGGACACGAGUGAACAGAGCAAACCCUGGUGGAAGAUAAAGACUAUCGUCAACUGGCCUUUUGUUUCCCCACAAAGAAGAAACCUGUCUUGGGUUCAACUAGCGGGACACAAAGGUAAUUUCAAAGCUGGCGGCGAAGGCACCAUUCUGAAGAAGUUCUCUGAGAAUGAGAAGCUGUGUUUUGAGAGGCUGCAGGGAGAUGUGCUCCAGGACUUUGUACCAGGAUAUUAUGGUGUGGUGGAGAGGGAUGGGGAUCCCUUCCUACAUAUGACUGAUCUACUAGUCAACUUUGAUAGACCCAGUGUCAUGGACUGCAAGAUGGGAGUGAGGACGUAUCUGGAGGAGGAGCUGGUGCGAGCCCGAGAGCGGCCUAAGCUCCGUAGGGACCUGUUUGACAAGAUGCUGGAGGUGGACAGCGAGGCCCCCAGCCCCCAGGAGCACCUCCAGAGGGCCGUCACCAAACCCCGCUACAUGCAGUGGAGAGAGACCCUCAGCUCCACACACACACUGGGCUUCCGCAUCGAAGGCAUCAAAAAAGCUGACGGGACGUGUCAUACGGAUUUCAAGAAGACCCGGUCUAAGGAGGAUAUCACUCAGAUCUUCAGGGACUUUGCCACAAACAACACAAACAUACUAAAUUCCUACCUGAGUAAACUAGCAAAAAUUCAACAAGCCCUGAUGUCAUCUGAGUUCUUCAAGAGACACGAGGUGAUUGGGAGCUCCCUCCUCUUCAUUCAUGACCACACUGAGCGAGCUGAGGUUUGGCUCAUUGACUUCGGCAAGACUACAGCUUUACCAGAGGGACAGACUCUGGACCACUCCAUACCCUGGCAGGAGGGCAACCGAGAGGACGGAUACAUGUGGGGACUGGACAACCUGAUGAGGACACUGGGCUCUUUGACUAACAAAGGAACUAGUGAAGGAAGUAAUGAGUGCCUUUAAGCUAUGGCCACCUGGGAGGGAUGGACUACCCCAUUCCAGUAGUUAGAGGACCCUGGCAGUAAUAUACAGUCUCAAGGGUCCCCUCAAUCACAAAGUAUACAUACUGUGCAAAUCAAACUUACAGCUUACCUAUGUACUGUAUUCAGCACCACAAAUUGUAUCUCAGCGUAUUGUUGAAGCUAUUGUAGCAUGGAGAUAAGGGAUUGCGUUUUUUAAAGUAUGUCUGUGCCUUGUGAACAAACUAUACAUUUUAGGGGAAUUUUAAUGAAUGCAAAUUGAUAAACAGACACAAACCUGUGAUUGUAGUGCAUGUAUAUUCUAGAAAGCCAUACAAUACUAUCGAUGUAAGGGACAGUAUUGCAUCGAAAUCCAACCCAUUCCAUAUUCCAAGGUGUCAUUAGAUUUGAUUGAUUUCAGUUUUUGAUAAUCAAGCAUGUUCUAUUUUAUUUUUUCAAACUUUAUUGAAGACAUUAGGCAUACUGUAUUCUAAUACAGUUACAUACACCAGUGCGUCUUUAGGAUCAUCUCAUUAUCAUGACGAAGGAUGAAUGAAAAAUGAAUCACGCAAGUAUUGUAGCAAGUAUUACAUUAUGACAGUCCAUGAGACUAACCUCAGUAAAACACUAUUGCCUUGUCCCAAUGAGUUAGAAAUGGUUGUGUAUUGGGAUUUCUUUCAUAUGUACAGGUAAAAAUAUGUCUUGCUGUAUUAUAAAACACAAAGGGGAGAAAUAUUUCUUCAUUUAUUUGGGGUAGAAGUAUACAAGAACAAGUAUAUUGCAUAGUUUCUAGUCUUUGUUCUUCUGUGUAGAGGCACUCAACUUUAGAUCUGUGGAAUUUAAGCCUUGACACAAUAUUCAAAGGAAAACAUGUGAACUAAAAUGCAAUUAUUUUCACAGACAAACAUUUUUUAGGAGAUUGUACCUUACCAGGUAGAAUCAGAAUAGGGGGUUUUCACCGUAAUAUAUAGGCUCCUAUGGAUCCUAAAAGAAACACAAUCCCUCAAGGUCUCAGCAGAUUUACAAAUCAUGAGUAAUAGUGAAGUUGUCAAGAGCUUGACAAGACUUGUCCACCUUUAGGCUACAGUCAGAAAUAUCGUCAGACUUUGAGGUGGCUACAAAGUGCAUCAUGGAGCCAUGGAACAUUAUCGUGACCUACCACUAUUGUAACCAGUAUGCUUUAUUUCAGUGUAAUAAGCUUACAUGUAUAUCAGCAACCGUACAGCUUUAACAACAGCUCAUAACAAUAGUAAAUGUUAUCUUGUGUCAUAAAUACUGAGAAAUAAAAAAGUAAACGGCAAGCAAGCCCUCUACUGAAAUACACACACAAACUGUUAGGUAUUUCAUGAGCGUGCUGCCCCCUGUUGAGUGUAAGAUGUACUGUAGAGUACUACAUCACAAACACUAACUAGUGCUCUGGCAGACCCAAUGGCAGUGAUCAACUACAAGACACUUAAACUUAUACAAAAACACGUUAUAAAUUAAGUAUAACUGCUACAAAUGUAAUGAGUUAGUACAGUUUAAAUUCCAAUGUCAAAUAAUAACAUUUCAUCUUUUGGUGUAGCCAAGGUGAAAGUUAGUAGUAUUAAAAUGUUCCGUGUUGGAACAAGAUGGAUAAAUUACAGAGG